AUGGCGAAAUCAAAUGCUUACCUCAUCUCCAUACUUAUCAUCAUAUCUUCACUCUCUUCCCCUUCCCAGGGCCUUACAAUCGCUGGCUACACCAUUAACCAAGUCAUAAUUGACGAUGUCGUGUACUGUAGAUUCAACGGAACGCCCAACCCUGUCUCGAAUGCCACUGUAUACCUAACAUGUGGCGGCUCAACCACCAGACUCGUUGAAGUACUGACGGAUACAUACGGUGCAUUUCGAAUAGUGCUCAACGUCUUACAAACAGUUUUGCUUAGCUCUAGUACAUGCGGUCUUGGAGUUAAUGUUCCAGAGGGAUAUUGUGCUCUUGUCGCACCCGAAAACGUCCUCUACGCCCCACUAAUGCUGCUCAACAUCGUCAGGAACGGUACCAUAACUACCGCUUAUUACACCGCCAACCUAAUUUUCGGAUAA